AUGGAUUAUUGGGAUAGAUAUAUAUUAAGGUUGUAGUGAUACAUUAAAUGGAAUUAGAUUGAACAAGGUGAACCAAAGAUUAUUUGUGGCAGUUCGUAAAAGACCAUUGAAUAAGAAAGAAAUCAAUAAAAGUAGUAUCGAUAUUGUAGAUGUCUCAAGUUAAUAGAGUUAGGUGAUUGUCAAAGAAUAAAGGUAUUUCUAAAAUAUUCAUUAUCAUUUUUAGAACCAAAGUUGAUUUAACCAAUAUAUUGAAGAGCAUUAAUUUUAUUUUGAUGCAGCCUUUGAUGAAAAUACCACUAAUGAAUAAUUAUAUUUGCAAAAUGUACGGCCCAUUGUUGAAGCAGCAUUUAAUAAGGCUAAAGUAACAUGUUUUGCUUAUGGAUAAACAGGCUCUGGCAAAACUUACACAAUGUAAGGUGAUUAUCAAGAAAGAGUUCCUGGAUUAUAUUUAUUGGCAGCUUAUGACAUUUUUUGUUAACUAAAUAAUGAAUAUUAUGGCCAUCUUCAAAUUGCAAUUUCCUUUUAUGAAAUUUAUUGUGGCAAACUUUUCGAUCUCUUAAAUGAAAGAUCUCUAUUACAACCAAGAGAAGAUGCCAAAGGUAAUGUAAAUAAAGUUAGUUUACAAGAAAGAAAAGUAUAAUCUGUAAAAAGUAUAAUCUGUAGAAUAACUAAUGAAAGUUAUUGAACAAGGAAGUGCAUCAAAAAUAACAGCAUCUAAUUCAUCAAAUAGUGAUUCCUCAAGAUCUCAUGCUAUUUUAUAAAACACAUUAAAAAUGGAUAUAGAUCUCAUGGCAAAUUUUCAUUUAUUGAUUUGGCAGGUAGUGAGAAAGGAGCUGAUGUAAGUGAUACUAAUAAAUAAACAAGAUUUGAUGUAGCUGAAAUUAAUAAAUCAUUAUUAGCAUUAAAAGAAUGUAUAAGUGCUUUGGAUUUGAAAUAAAAAUCAUACUCUAUUUUAGAGGAUCUAAAUUGACAUUAGUUUUAAAGGAUUCUUUGAUUGGAAAUUGUAAAACAGUUAUGAUUGGUAAUUUUUCACCUUCUAAUUCAUCAUCUGAACACAUUCUCAAUAUUUUAAGAUAAUCUGUUAAAAUGUAGAAAUAGUCAUAAAAUGCAUAAUCAUAAUAAGAAUAAUUUAAUCCAUUUAAAAAUAAUCCUUUAAAAAAUUAUUAAAAUUAAAAUCUAUUUCAAUAACCUUAACUUUUAAAUUUAUAAAAUUAGGUAACUCGAAUGAUGGUAUCAUAAUAAUCCUAAUAAACUACAUGUACUUUUUAAAAUUAUAUGUAACCUACACCUCCUUAACUAGUUAUUCCUUUAUAAUAAUAAUAAUAAUUACAAUAACAAUAACAAUAACAAUAAUAAUAAUUCAUAAUGAAUAAUUCUAAAAAUAAAUAAUCUUAAAGUAAACCAACAACUUAAAUGUAAGAGCCACGAUCUUAGAUGAAUGAAAAUCUAUUUCCAGGAUUAAUCGAAAAAAAAUCGAGUAUAUAAAUUAAUUAUUUAGAGCUUAAUUAAUCUAUAGAAGAAGAUUUAAUGAAGAUAGGUCAAAAACAUGAGUAAUUAAUUAGUGUAAUUCUUGAAGAAGAAGAAAAUAUAAUCUCGACUCCCAGAUCUCACAAUGGCUAGAUGGUAGAAUUAGUGAAAUAAGUAAAAUAUAAUAUUCAUAAUUAGGAAAUGAUGUUAUUACAUAAUAUAGAUCAGCCUGGAUCAAAUGUAGUUGAAUAUGUAAAACGACUUGGAUAAAUUUUCUCAACAAAGAUAGAAGAAAUAUAAGCGUCAACAAAUUUAGAUUAUAAUUGCAAUUAUCAACAUUUAAAUCUCAUUUAUCUGAAGAAGAAACACUAUAGAAAUAAUUCUAUUAAUAAAGAUAAUAAAUAUCUUAGUAAGAAAUAGGAUAUUCUGA